GCCGUCGCAUUCCAGGCUGGGCAAAUCGCCCAUUGCAUAGAUGCUUGGAAGGAAAUAACUAUGGAUUUAGAAAUUUUAACAUCCGUAUCCGGGGAAAUAAUCCCAUUCAGCACCAUUCCACUCCAGGGAAAUGUGCCUUUUCAACCAGUUUGGAAAGGGCCUAAAUGUAACUUCAUAGACAAUGAAAUAUUGUCCCUACUUAACAAAGGUGUUAUUAUCCCAUCUCAACACAAACCGGGUGAGUUUAUUUCACCAAUUUUCCUUUGUGACAAACGAGGGAGUUCCUUUCGCAUGAUAUUAAAUUUAAAAACACUCAAUGAGCAUGUUCAAUACCAUCACUUUAAGAUGGAAACUGUUGAGACAGUUGCAUCUAUGAUGACUCUGGGCUGCUUCAUGGCAUCAAUCGAUCUUAAAGAUGCAUAUUACUGUGUCCCUGUUAGCAAAAAGCACCAAAAAUAA